AUGGCCUCGGAUACGGAUUCCUCGCGUGUGUUGGACUAUUUAAUGCAAGUUGAAGUGGCUGCUGAAGACGUUCUCACCACAAAACAACAGAUUGUCGAUCUGGACAUGAAAAGAAACCAGAACAGAGAGGCCCUGAAUGCACUGCGACACGAUGUGUGCAACACUGGCAAAGUAAAAGUUUGUUUUGGGAACGUCUUCAUAAAAUUCCCUGUGAACAAAACAGCAGAGAUGAUUCAAAGAGAUCAGGAGCGGCUUGACAAAGAAAUCAACAAUCUUCGUAAAGAACUCAAAGCCAAAGUCAACCACCUGAAUGAUGUUCAAGGAAAGCCAGAGCUGAGAGGCUACAGCCUUACAGCCCUGUCCCCUGAAGAACUUAAAAGUAUCAACAACCUUUUGAAGAGAUGA